AGAUCGGCGCUGCUCUCUCGGGAUGUCGGGACUGGCCUUCGCAGCUCUCGUUCUUUGUCUCCACAUAACGGCGGGUGGGUCCCAGCAGUUUACUAUUAUCGUUGAGCACAGCGAGAUAAAUGUCACCGCUGGAGGUGAAGCGCUUUUUUCAGUCCGGCCGUCGUCCAGCGUCAGCAGUGGAAGCUGGAAUUUUAAUGGGAUAACAGUCGCCCAGUGGAUCGGUCAGACCGGGACUGUUGAUAAUUCCUACAGUUCACGGGCAGAGGUAUUCACCUCCAACGGGUCGCUUCUGCUGAAGUCGGUCAACAUGUCGGACAGCGGGGAAUACCGUGUGUAUAUGGUUCCAACAAAUGGGUCCCAGACCUCAGCGACCGUCACUCUGCGUGUCACUGAGCCAGUGACUAGGGUUGCCGUGGUGACCAAUAAUUCCACUCCCCUGGAAAACCUCGAUACCGUCGCACUGAGUUGUGUCGCGUCGGGCUCUGAUCAGACACGGACAUGGUUCAAGGACAACCAACCCAUCCAGGAAAACGUUAGAAUAUUUACAUCUCCCGACAGGGCGAAACUGACUAUAAUCAGAGUUAACAGAAACGACGUCGGGACGUACAAGUGCAUCGCCCGCAACUCUUUCAGCAGUAGCGCUGGAGAGACCUACGUGGAGGUUUACUGCAAGUACACAGCAAAAACAGAUGGCAAUUGCACCCUCGGCUCUGGCGCAAUCGUGGGCAUUGUACUUGGUUUACUUGGCAUGGGCCUGAUCGGCGGAGUCAAUGGAUGGUUGAUCGCGAGGAAAUCCGGCGGGUAUAUGCAUGCUUUCUCCUAA